CAUGUAUAUAUCUGAUUCUGAACAAACUCCUGAAUUCUUUUCUGAAACCCAUUUCAGCAGAGUGUGUGCAGGGCUGUGACCCCGAGCGGGUAUUACCUCAUACUUUAUUCCCCUCUGCUCUACCUGAGCGUGUUCGCAGUCCAGAUGAAAGAGCGAACGACAGGGAUCAGUGAUCACUCACGCUGUUUUCUCCUCCACAAUAAUCCCGACUACAGAGAAUGUCAGAGCCGAGAUUCACAGAGAGACGGAAAGAGGGAAUCUACUGUGAAGAAUAGCUGAAUUCUUGAAUCUGAUUGGUCAGAAGGUGUCAUUUGUUUUCUAUACCCGCAGCUCUGACAGUAAUUUCUAUAGUAACGACUCAUUCACGGGGACUUUUACACAUUUAUGGAAGGAGUCUCCAGUGUCAGUGCCUUGUAACAGUCAGAGGUAAAGCUGUAGCUUUAAGUUUUCCAACAUCUUCAGGACAGACGAGUCUACACUUUGUGGUUUCUCUGUAUCAUGACAAAACUUUUUUUUUUUGUCUUAUUAACCUCAAGAGAGAGAGGGAGAAAAGAGAGGCUGGGGAAGGAACGAUAAAACAAAUAUAUAUAUUCCCAUGAAAUCUGAGGUGUGAAAGUGAUAUAUAAACCUUUAAUGGGAGUAAAUAUGUUAAAUAUUUCAUUGACUGAAUUCUUUUUUUUUUUUUUUUUUAAAUAAAAAUGCCAUCCUCUUAUGAGAAAAUGUAGAAGAAGUGACAGCUUAUUAAUUUCUCUUCCUGAGAUAGAAAUGUCUGUGAAUUUUGCAUCAUUGACACUAGCAGGGGUUUGGAUUUUGGUGUUAUUCCAUUUCGCCAUUAAAACGACCAGACCUGAGUGAUAGAACUGUAACUCAGUCGGGACUUGACUGUUUAAAUGCACAAUCAUGCUGAAGCUUGCGGUUUCUAAACACAGCCUGUGGCGCCAUCUAGGGGUCAUUUAAUUGAUCACAAGACAUAAUAAUACGUAACAGAACAUAAUAACACGUGAGAGACGCUGAGGUGUCCGUGACAGUGUGUGUGUGUGUGUGUGUGUGUGUGUGUGUGUGUGUGUGCACGUGCAUGGAGUUAAUCAGGUGAGAUUACAGACCUGACCCUAAUCCCUCUGACCCUACUGUCAGAGAUCUCGUCUCAGACACACAUAUCACUCUCAGGAGACGCUCCGGUCAGCUUGUACGAUGGCACCGGAUGAAGCAGUCACGCCGACAUGCCAUGCUAAAACCUCCGCCCUUCAUCCACUAGACUCCGGUGGCAUCGACAGACUCUCGCACACACCUGUCCUCCAUGUGUCAGCAGCACCCACUGGAGAAGCUCGGGCUCCGCUUACAUGCUCCUCCAACGAUGCCGACAUUUUCCCAUCUGCUGUGGCUCCAGUGCACGAUAUCCGUCUCUGUGCGAGGUCCUCGGAGAGACAGAGGAAGGCGGAGAACUUUGAGAACUUUCCACCUAGACGUCCACUGAAAUUAGCACCGAUAGAGCUCCCCCUGGAGGUGAAGGAGGCUCAGAGGCAGAAGAUACACUCCAUCUGGAAGGAGGCGGACGAUCUGGAGCAGACUGUUAAGAAAGUGAGCAAUCAUGGCAAAGCCCUCCUCUUACCUGUCAAUCAAAUUACAGUUGGUCAUAGGUUGGUCAACAAAGAGCUAGAUCAUCAGGCGCUCAAAGCGAAAUUUGCCAUUCACUCCUCUCCAGAUCUGUUCCAAACUCACCAGAAUACGACUUCCGUCCAGUCAGCACGUGGCAGGGUGAACAUCGGCCAAUCAGAGGUUCGCAAAGCUGGCCACUCCAAACUGCGCAAGGCUCGGCAGCUUGACGAGGAUCAGAGCAAAUCUGGAUCUUCCGCAGAGGGAUUAAAGGAUGAUGAGGGCAAACCUGCAGCAUCAGGGGCAACACUGCGCCAGCGGGAGAUGGGGAAAGUUCUGGAAAAGCCAUCGAGCAGGAAUCUGGUGGGAAAAGUUUCCGAGGUGGUGGUGGGGAGAGGGAGCAAGAGGAUGGCUGUUUACGGCAUCCAGGAAGCUGCACUUUAAUACUUUAACUCUCAGAGGAUGUAAGAACUGUCUGUCCUUAUUCUUUAGUCUCUCUCUCUCUCUCUCUCUCUCUCUCUCUCUAUAUAUAUAUAUAUAUAUUAUUCUAUAUAUGUCUGUCUCACACACAUUCGCUUUACUCUAUUUUUCUAGCUUGCCAUCAUUGUGCGAUCUUUCUCUUGUUAUCGUUCUCUUUCUUUAACUUCAUCUCUCUCUCACACACAUGACAAUUUCCAAUAAAGCAUUAUUGAAUAUUGCAAUCUGCAAAAGUA